AGCGAGAAUAACUGAAGAUAUAUAUGCGUUUUAUACGGAUGAUAAUAAAAAGCGGCAACGCAAAUAUUUCGUAUCGAUCUUCUUUUUCAUCGAAGGACGAACAAGCCUCAAAAUCAAAAACCACCUUCCAUAACUCUCUCCUCAGCCCUCCCAAGCGGUUUUCUUUCUAACUUGUCUCAUAAUUCAUGCAAGCAGAAUCGACAACAAGAUCUUCAUGAGUUCAAAAAACAGUGUGGCAUUCAAGGUUUCCUGUGAAGCGGGAAACACGAACGAUAUUCCAGUUUGCAUUCUGUCUUACUUUUUCAAGAAUCCCGUUGUCUACUUGAAAAAAAUCCACCAUGGUUUCCUCUCAAUUAACCAUUUUAAUGAAAAACGAACCUUGCAAAUCAUCCAAGAACAAUUCACCAUCACCUGUAAGUCCUCUGGAUGUCAAUUUCCCCUUAGAUCAUGUCGAGUUCGACUUCUCCGAUGUGUUUGGUCCUCUACCACCUCAUGCUUCAAAUGAACCUACUUAUGAAGAUUUUGAGAAACCAGAUGUUAUUUCACAUGAAAAGGAGGAUUUAUAUGAUGAUAUCGUAGUAGCUGAAGCAUCGGUUGAUCAUCAUAAAGUCCAGAGUGUUGGGCUUGAAGAUUUUGAGGUGAUGAAGGUCGUUGGGAAAGGGGCGUUUGGAAAAGUUUAUCAGGUCAGAAAGAGAGACACUUGUGAGAUAUAUGCGAUGAAGGUUGUGCGUAAAGAUAAGAUUUUGGAGAAGAAUCAUGCUGAAUAUAUGAAAGCUGAACGCGAUAUACUAACAAAGAUUAAUCACCCCUUUGUCGUUCACCUUCGAUACUCUUUCCAGACUAAAUAUAGACUUUACCUUGUGUUGGAUUUUGUAAAUGGAGGUCACCUUUUCUUCCAGCUACAUCGCCAUGGCCUAUUUAGAGAGGAUUUGGCACGUAUUUAUGCUGCAGAGAUCGUUUCGGCUGUUUGUCACCUUCAUGCAAAUGGCAUAAUGCAUAGAGAUCUUAAGCCUGAAAAUAUUCUUCUCGAUGCUGAUGGCCAUGCUUUGCUUACGGAUUUUGGGCUAGCAAAAGAAUUUGACACGAAUGCAAGAUCGAAUUCGUUAUGUGGGACUGUAGAAUACAUGUCACCUGAAAUUAUUCUUGGGAAGGGUCAUGAUAAGGCUGCAGAUUGGUGGAGUGUUGGAAUCCUGUUGUAUGAGAUGCUCACAGGCCAGCCACCUUUUCGUGGAGGGAAUCGGGAAAAGAUUCAACAAAAGAUAGUGAAGGAGAAAAUGAAGCUACCUGCGUAUUUAUCAAGCGAAGCACAUUCGCUUCUGAAAGCUUUGUUACAAAAGGAUCCAAGCAAGAGACUUGGCAGUGGUGCGGUGGGAAGCGAUGAAGUAAAACGGCAUAAAUGGUUCAAGCCCAUCAACUGGAAGAAACUGGAGAAUCGAGAAAUUCAGCCAAGUUUCCGGCCUGAAGUUUCCGGCGACCAUUGUGUGGCUAACUUUGACAAAUGCUGGACGGACAUGCCGCUAACAGAGUCUCCGGCAUCCAGUCCUAAUGGCUCCACCACCCUCUUUCAGCGGUUUACAUAUGUGAAACCUGCAGUCUCGUUUCUUGAGAGUCAGAGUUCAGUAAUUCACUACACUGAUGUUCGUUAGAAUUGGGUUUAUCAUGAAAUUAAGCUGAUAUAAAGAUGGUGGCUGACUAUAUAUAGAUCUGUGAAACAUCAUGAAAAUUUUCAAACAACAGAAAAAUAAUAUUCGUUAGCCAAUUUAAUAAUUUUUUAUACGUACAAAUUGUGAGAUACCAUAGUUUUCAAUUAUGAUACAAAAAUUUCACUUUUUACCAUUCAUGUUUGUCAAGUUUCAAAUGUAUAAGAUCAAUUUAAGUAUGACAUAAUUAAGGAAGGAUUGAGAUCAAGG